AUGACAGAACGUAAGCGAGUUCAUACCCGGUGGAAUCAUAGUGUAAAACAAAAAUGUGUAGAAGGUGGCCUUUCUGGACUUUUAGUUACUUGUGACGGUCUGGAAAAACAGGCGCUUGCUGAAAUGUACAAUCUAAUUGAUUCCAUUUUGGAUGGAGAACAAUCUAGUGACAAGCCGACUAAUGUAGAUGAAUCAGCAGAUAGUGGUGAUGAAGAUAUCGCUGAUUCCAUAAAACGAAUCUGUAACGAUACCAGAGAUAAUAAAACAAAACUGAGACGUUGUAAACAAAGACCCACUGGAGUCAAGAAUUGUCUUUUUGUCACAGUAGAGGGAGUUGACAUAUUAGAUUUGGCCGAGAAACUUGUCGUAAAAGCUCAGAAAACCCCAUGCUGUCGGCAUUUACAGCGUGUACUUCCGGUGGAACAAACAGCAUCAGUUGAUUUAAAGAAGUUAUCUGAAAUGAUCUCUACAUGUGUCUCUAAACAUAUGAAACAAAAAGAAGACGGCACUUACCCCUCUUACGCAUUAGAAUUCAAGAAUAGGAAUAAUGACUCCGUAAAGAAGGUAGAAGUAUUGGAAAUGUUAAAUGACGCCAUAUCCGCUAUUGCCCCGAGUGCUAAAGUAAACUUGACUGGUGCCGAAGUUCUAUUUUAUAUUCAAGUUGUAAGAAAAACCAUGAUGGUCGCUGGAAUUAAGAAUUUUUACGGGUUACGCAAGUAUAGUAUGCGUCCAGCAGCAGACCAAAAGAAGGAGGCUGAGACUGAGGCAUAA